AUCGCAGUUCAAUUUCAUUAAACGAACAGUUGGCAUUAUUGGGUUAAUUAUUUCCAAUUAAUUUACUGUACAGCUUUAAAAUCUGUCAAAUUUUAUGGUAUUUCUAUCCAGGUCAAUACAAAUCGGCAAAUUUUAGAUCUUUAGCAAUUUUUAAAUUACAUCAAAAGAAAAAAAAAUAUGUAUAUUCCGCCUUUCUAUUAAAAAUUUAGUUACCGGACUCGACUUCUAUGGCAAUAGAAUGAGGAUGACAUUAUCAAGUCUUAUUACGGCCGGCAAAGACAAGACAGGAAAAUAUAAUUUAAUAUCCAAAGGAUAACAUCAAAAUGUUGUUUACCACUGUAUACAUGUUGCAGCACGACACUGAUCUAUCAUUAAUAAAAAUUUACUGCAACAACUCAUUACGUAUCCACUACUUUAUAGGUACUUCAUUACAUUAUUUCGAUAAGUGGAAGUUUUAAACUUACAUUUUCUUUGUUCUACUUAUGACUGCCAUUUUAUUAGAUGUUUGUUCGUUAUUCCUAGGAAAAUAUUCUGUUUUGGUGAAUAUGAACAAUGAGAUUGAUAAUGGUUCGUAUGGUAGCGCUAGUGAUUUACUGGACAGCCAUGUACUGGGAAACGAGAAGUUGUGCGAGCCGACCAUGGAGAGAUCUGCCAGGUCCAGCCUCGACGCAAACAGCGUGGAUAUUGGAGAAAUCACAGACUCGCCAGAUACGGAGUACAUGAGCACGUCUGCCAUUUUACACUAUUGUAAAUCAAAAAUUUUGCUUCCAUACUUAAAACUUCUAACUAUCAUGGGAUUGCGACCUGUGGUAGACGGGUCCAGCUCAUCAAAAUGUGCCGUUUGUCUCUCACAUUUUCAUUCUGCGCAAGUAGCAGUAUUUAUGUUUAUUGGAUAUUUUCUACAGUAUAUGGCUUGCUUUAGGAGAGAUAGAGGAUUUUGUUAUAAGUUAGUGCCUUUAGCAUUAACUUCCACGCUUGAGUAUGAAACCUACAAACAAGUUUGUUACGGGAAUGUAACAUUCACGUACAUAGGGCCGAGUAUACUGCACUUGACUGGGUUUUUAUACUCGUUAUACCUGUUCAGAGUUUCUGAUAACGAACAACUACAAAAUUUGAUGGAGAGGGUGUUCCUCAUGUCGUCCGCUCCGCAAGGGAUGCCCACGGCGAAGCCGCGGAAGCUGCUGCGCAUGCUGUGGUUCUUUAUCAUAUUAAGCGUGCUGUGGAUGUGCCUGUCGCUGUGUUCCAUCAACCUCAUGAUGGCUAAUGGGACCAUCAUGUUUCGGUGGCUCGAAAAUAGUUCCGACGAUGUGAAGAUGGCUCUGAAGGUUUUACUAAUCAUAUGCACGCUUAUUCACGACAUGGUGCAGGCGACGAUAAUCACUAGCUACUGUCUGCAAGCGCAGCUGCUACAGGCGCACCUUAUGUUUCUCAAGGAACGUCUGCUCAACAGAACUAUUACUCCGCUAAAUUGGAUGAAGGAAAUAGAAGAAUUCAGAAAAUUGUUGAAAUACUUGAACAACGACUUGGCGCCUGCGGUGUGCAUGUUCACCAUAGUAAACGUGUCGUGGGCCACGUCGGGAAUACUAUGGCUGCUGAAUUUGGACAAAGUGGACACGGAGACCGAGCCGAUAGUCGGCAUCAGCGUGCUCAACCAGCUGCUGUGGGUGGCGGCUGUCAUCGCACCAUUCGUACAGGCGGCGCGACUAUCGGCGGAGUGCCGGCACACGCAGUCGGUGGGGCACGAGCUGUGCGUGCGGCCGUACCUGCACCAGGACACCUCGCACGAGGACAUCAGCGCCGUCCUCAUGUACUCCUCCACGCUAAAACUGCGUGCCAAGCUUUUCUACUACCCCGUUGCGGGACGAUACGUCUGCUUGAUCGCCACUAUUGCCAUUAUCAUACUGUUCUCCCUUGGGAUGUGCCAUUAUUUGCAAUGAUUUUAUUAAUAUUAAUUAUCAAUAUUGUAAUUUUAAUUAAUAAUAGUUUAAAUUAAACGAGUGUUUUCUACCA